AUGACCUCUGGCGUUGUAGUGGCUCGCUCCGCGAGAGGCCUUCUUAUCCACAAGGUCAAGUUUGGUGCAGACGACAAAUCAGCGCUUGUUAGUAUCUUCCUAUACAUUGGUGCAGUCACGUUGUCGAAGCAGCGGCCCAUUGGUCGACAGUAUCGUCCUGAACUUGACCAUCGACCUACUAUUGGUCUCUUGGUUGUUCCCAACACUGGCUGA